CCAGCCUCCUGUCCAUUAUCAUGCUGUGUUUGCCGCCUGUCUCUUCUGCCACUCUGACUUACUAACUGCCCCCUGCAAGUUCCGCCCUUCCUCCUGCCUGUCGCCCAGCGCAGAUAUCUGAAAGACCAGCUGAACUUCAUGUUGAGAGCCAUGACUGAAGUCUCAAAUUAGACUGGACUGCACCGAGCCUUGGGAUGGGCAGUGAAAGUGACUCACUGGAAGGCAGAGGGAGUCAGAGGGAAAGAGCGUAAAGGGGAGUGGGAGCGCCGUCUCGUGGUGAUUCGCCAGGCCACUUCCAGAGCUGGAUUUAUGGCACACAGCUGGUGAGUGGCUGACAGACGUGUGAGGAGCUCAAGCCCUGCUGCUUUCACAAGCUCCUCGUACCAGCUCGAGCUCUGCUUACUGUAGCGUAGGAAAGAGGACUGCUCUGCCUCAACACACAACACUAGCAGAUGGUGCGGGAGCAGUAUGUCACCACCUCCCAGGGCAGCAGUGGGCCCAGGCCCGAGCCCGACCACGUCUACAAGAUCGGCAUUUAUGGCUGGAGGAAACGCUGCCUCUACCUGUUUGUCCUUCUGCUCAUCAUCAUCCUGGUGGUCAACUUUGCUCUCACCAUCUGGAUCCUCAGGGUGAUGUGGUUCAACACGCAUGGGAUGGGGCUCCUUCAAGUACACUCAGAUGGGGUCAAGCUGGAGGAGGGCGAGUCGGAGUUUCUGUUUCCCGUCUACGCUCAGGAGAUCCACUCCAGAGAAGAUUCUUCGCUUCUAGUGCACUCAUUGGAAAAUGUUUCCCUUAAUGCCCGCAAUGAAAAUGGGGAUGUCACGGGGAGGAUAUCAGUGGGUCCAAAAGAGGCUCAGGGACACACUCAAAAUCUGCUCAUUAACUCCCACAAUGACAACAUGCUGUUCACUGCAGAUGGCGACCAGGCUGUGAUUGGACCAGACAAACUACGAGUCACAGGUCUUGAGGGAGCGCUGUUCCAGCACUCAGUGGAGGUGCCCCAGCUGAAGUCUGAACUUUUAAAAGACCUGAGGUUGGAGUCUCCUACUCGCUCUCUCAGUCUGGACGCACCAAAAGGAGUUCAUAUCAAAGCCCUCGCUGGCAACAUCGAGGUCGCUUCCAACAUGGACGUUAUCCUGCAGUCUAGUGUCGGACUGCUGGUGCUGGAUGCUGAGACGGUGCGCAUGCCAAGCCUGCCCCUGAGCGAGGGAGAGGUUUCUGGAAAUGCUCAGAAUCUCUACGAGGUGUGUGUCUGCCCCAGUGGCAAGCUUUUCCUGUCCAAGGCUGAGGUCAUCUCCACUUGCAGCGAGAAUCAGGAGUGCUAGAUAGACACUGAUAAGGUAACUGUUUUUCUAUCUCUUAGUAGAUGCAUCUUCUGGGAGGCAACAAGCACAAGUGUUUAUAUCCGGCCUGAGUUUUUUUAUUUUUAUGUUUAUACUCCAGUGGAUCCCACUGGCUCAUCUAGGCCUGUGAAAAUACAAAUGCCUGCUAGCGUACAUGUUGGAGAUGUCAUGAAAUGCAUCCUUUUAGCUGCGUUUAUGACCUCCUAACAAUUCAGCGGAUUUGCGCUCGGUACCAAAUGUAUCUGCAUCAGUGCUUAGUGGAGAACGUUUUACACACAUAGUAUCAUGGCUGGGCAAUGAGGAGCUGGUAUCAGCUUACAUCCUAUGCAAUAUUAUCUUGUGGUGCAAUAAAUGAAAUUGAAACAUAUCAAGGGCUUGGAAGAAUCCAAAAAUAAAUGUCUCAAAUGGCGACAGAAUGUUAUUAAAAAAAAUUUUUAUUUUACGUGGGUCCUUCUGGCUCCAAGCCCUUGGUAUGUUAUAUUUUUUUGUUUUGGUGUUUAGCAUGUUUAUAUUUAAUUGGAGGAAAAUUAAAAGAAAUAGAUAGUUAUAUUUUGUCAUUAUCAUAGUAACAUCAGAGAUUCUGGGAAGGCCUUUAUCUAACUUAUCCAAAUUCAGAUACACCUCUAACAGACUUGUUUCUUGUUUUGUUUCAAUUACUUUUUAAGGCUGAGAUUAAAAUUAUUAAAAGUCCUUAUAGUAUCAUAAAGUGUUAUUAGUGUGGUAUCAUAUUUUUAAUUAUGUGUUUUCUCCCCGUUUGUAAGACUAUGUGAGUUUGUAGCCUGUGUUAUUUGAAAGCCCUUCAUAAGUACGUAAUUAUGCAUUAGCUACAGGAGAGCUUUUUCUUGCAAGUAAUUUGGUCUGUGUGGCCUUGAGUUUGCCUUUUGUGUCAAAUAUAAUUAUUAUUAUUUUUGGGUUUUUUUACAUAAUUUGCAUGACAGGCACUUAACAUUUGCCUCUAUAUUAAUAUGAAGGUUCACUGUGUCAAAAAGGGCAAUAUUUUGUAAUGAGAGUUAAACCGAGUUUAGCAUCAGUUCAUGUUACAUUUCUGCAAGACUGUUUUUAGCAUCAUUAUCAUCCCAUGGCCUCAUGUUAUCAGUCAGUGUUGAUAAGUAGUUAAUUUUCAGUUUACACUUAUAUUCUGGCAAAUUUUGAUAAAGUGUGUAAUGUGUAUUUAUUAAUUUUGUAUGUUGAAUAAACUUUGAGCUAUUCUUCUA